AUGGAAAACAAGGCCAACUUACAAACAGUAUCGCGACCUGCUGCUGAAGGAAGAGUUCACUACAGCGCCCGUCGUCUCUACCUCAGGGAUCUGACGUUCAUCGACGAGGGGAACGCCGACCGCGCAGACGAGCUCAUCAACUUCGAAAAGCUGGUGAUGCAGGGUGACAUCAUCCUGCAGAUCGCCAAGUGGCAACAAAACGGGCGCUACGACUUCAAGCCCGACCCCGAGCGUCAGCUCUCCCUCACCAAGCUUCUCGUCCUGCCCGAAGACAUCCUGUACAAAAAGUCCGAGGCCAUCGAGCCCUCCUCGCUGCCGCACACCCAACUAUAG